AUGGUCAGCGCCAAAAGACUUGCUCAGAUGGCGAAGAAGUGGCAGAGGAUGGCGGCCAUGGCAAGGAGGCGGAUCGCAUCGACGCCGGCCAAAGGAACCACCGAGGGAUCAUCACGGUGCAGCACUUCGCCGGUGGCCGGCAAGGGCCACUGCGUGGUGUACUCAGCAGACGGCAGGCGGUUUGAGGUCCCGCUGGCGUACCUCGACACCGCCAUCUUCGGCGUGCUCCUUAGCAUGUCGCAUGAGGAGUUCGGGUUCGCCGGUGACGACGGCAGGAUCAUGGUGCCCUGUGAUGCCGCCGUCAUGGAGUACGUGAUGUGUUUGCUUAGGAGAGAUGCAUCGGAAGAGGUGGUGAGGGCGUUCCUAAGCUCCAUGGUGAGGCCUUGCCACUGUGGAAAUGGCUUGGCGCAAUCCAUGGGAGUUAGCCAGCAAGUUGCUGUUUCUAGCCUCUGA